GCCAGCAAAGCGCGGUUCCCGAAGAGGAAGCGAAAGCUCAUAGUUGCUCGCGAGCGCAAGGCCACGCGCCUGUUGUAUGAUCACUGGACAAAAGCAGCGAGGUUUUCGCGCCGCGCCGCAUCUGCCGUGAGGGCCAGUACUCUGGUGAGUGGCGUCCGCUCACAAACACCACUCGCUGCGUAGCGCUUGAAGGUGGGCGACAGAAGCGUUUCUUUUACCUCAGAAAGCGCUCGCCUCUGUUCGGCCAUGUCUGCGGGAGUGAUCCGAGGCCCCGCCGGGAGCAACGACUGUCGCAUCUACGUGGGGAACCUCCCGCCCGACAUUCGCACCAAGGACGUCGAGGACGUGUUCUACAAGUACGGCGCGAUCCGAGACAUCGACCUGAAGAACCGGCGGGGCGGGCCUCCGUUCGCCUUCGUCGAGUUCGAAGACCCCAGGGAUGCAGAAGAUGCCGUUUAUGCGCGUGAUGGCUACGACUACGAUGGUUAUCGGCUGCGAGUGGAGUUUCCCAGAAGUGGACGCGGUAUGGGAAGAGGGGGCUUCGGAGGACCCGGGGCCCUCAGGGGCAGAUACGGACCCCCGUCCAGACGCUCUGAAUACAGAGUGAUUGUUUCGGGGCUUCCACCAAGUGGCAGCUGGCAGGACCUGAAGGAUCACAUGCGUGAAGCAGGUGACGUAUGUUACGCUGACGUUUUCCGGGAUGGGACCGGCGUGGUGGAGUUUGUGCGCAAAGAAGACAUGACCUAUGCUGUUCGAAAGCUGGAUAACACUAAGUUCCGAUCACACGAGGGGGAGACGGCGUACAUCCGUGUGAAAGUGGAUGGUCCACGCAGCCCCAGCUACGGGCGGUCAAGAUCCCGGAGCCGCAGCAGGAGCCGCAGUCGUAGUAACCGUAGUCGUAGUAACCGCAGCCGUAGUAACCGCAGCCGCAGCUACUCGCCACGGCGUGGCAGAGGGUCGCCGCAAUACUCUCCUCGUCACAGCCGCUCUCGCUCGCGGUCCUAACGCCCUCUGCUGGUGCCUCUUCGCCUGUGCUGCUUUGGUUUCUUCAACUCCCAUUUUUGGUGGAGCUGUUGACUUGUUUUUUGUUUUGGUUUUUAUUUUUAUAUACAAAUCCCCACUUUUCAUUGAAGUAUUGGUUUUAGUCUCUACUUCCCCAGUGAGAUUUGGUCUUCUGAAUGUUUAGCCGUCCUGCCACUUCUCAUCCCCCCCCAAUCUGGCGUCUUUUAAGAAUGUGUUUUAACGGACUGCUCAAACCCUCUUUCCCUUCUCACCUUUUCUUUUGUCCUUUUUUAAGAUACAAAAUGACUCGUUGACCAAACAAAAGGUUGCUUAAUGCCUCUCGCUAUUUUUGUAAGUGUCAUGAAUUGUUUCACGAUUGGGCUCAACACAUGUAUUUUACCAUGUCUUCCUACAGUCAUUUCAGAAAGAUGAUCUGACACUUUGUAAUAAAGAAUUGCUGAACCUGACUUGCAUACUGAAGUUAAGCAGUGCGACACUCCAUAAUAACAUUUAAUGCUUAUUUACCAGCUAUUUUAAUGGGUGUUUGUUGCCUUUCAGUCUCCUCAGCUGCUGUUACAACAGGCAGCUGUGCUCAGUCAAGUUUAGCUGUAUUGCUGUUCUGUAUGUUUACAUAGUAAUGUUGCCUUUGGGCCGGAUGAACUACAGUGAGCAGAUGAGGAGCAGUCAUUGGUGGUUUGAAAUGACGUUUCAAAGCGACAGAAAAUCCCACCAUGUGCAUGCAUUAUGGGAAAGACUUUGACGAGUGUUUCUAACUCUACCUCUUUGGUUUUGCUGGUAUUUUAAGGUUUGGGAUGGAGGACAGGCUCGGUGGAUGCCGGCUCAUUGGGAGCAGUUCAUGAUGAAGAUAGGAUAGGGAGACAUGGAGACAUGGAGCAGGAUCUAAUUCUCCAGGAUCGUAGGAUAAGAAGUGUUUGUUUCACGGGU